AUGGUCUCAGAGAAAUAUCUCCAAGACCUCCAGAAACAAGUUGAGCUACAUCAGCGCUCAUCUUCAAUCAACACGAAUACUGAAACACCACCGUUUCCGUCUGCACCUCCGCCUUAUCGCUCAACUUCGUACUGCUCACCCUCGGGAUCCUUCUCAUCAGGUAUCAAACGGACAAGUGAUGCUGCUUUUGGUGUUGGGAGUACUCUUUCUUCUCCUGCGCUUACGGUGGAGGCUCAGCAAUCUGAUGUGAGCAGAGGAACAUAUCAGCAGCAGAGUCAGUCGCCGUUGAGUAUCUGGCCCAGCGCGUUUACUAUUCCGUCCAAAAUUAUUAAGAAUACUCGCAAAAACAGACGGACAUGGAUUUGGCUGGCGCCAUGGUCGACUUGGUCCUUCACCUUACGACUCAUGCUCAUGCUAGGCGACAGCCUCCAACCAGGAGGCGACAUGAUUCCACCCCAACUAAUAGAAAGCGACGUCUACACCCUAUCCUGGAACAUCCGACCACCCCACGAAAAGCCCGACGUAACAGGUCUACCUUCUCUCGACUACGCAAUCUACCUCUUCCACACUUUCAAGUUCCAUCUCGGUCAAACAUACCGGCUCUUCGACGAAGUAGAAUUCGUCAACCAGAUUCGAGAUUUCUACUCGGAUGCGCAGAGUAAAGCUGAAGAGAAUAGACUGUGGUAUGUCAAGUUUCUGCUGAUCCUGGCUUUUGGAACGGCGUUCAAUGCGUCGCAGAGAGUGCAAUCGACGGAGCCGCCUGGAGCAAAGUUCUUUGUUAGGGCGAUGGGUCUUAUGCCAGAUCAUACAGCGCUCUGGAAGGAUAGUUUGCUUGCGAUUGAGGUUUUAGCUAUGGUUGGGUUGUAUCUUUAUUCUAUCGACGAGAGGGAGUCUGCUCACGUAUAUCUUGGCCAAGCAAUACGGAUUGCUCAACUUGAAGGUUUACAUACACAAUUACCAGACAACGAACUAGGCAGUGAAACCGUUACUCGCUGUCGCGAUCUAUGGUGGACGCUAUAUAUCAUGGACCGACAUUUUUCAUCUUCGCUAGGAUUACCCAUGUCAGUACAAGAUAGCGAUAUCUCGACGCCCGUUAAUCCACCGAAUAUUGGAUCACAAGACGACAGCGCGCGAAGUCUACAAGUGAACCUAUCCCAUCUAUUAUCGGUCAUUUUAACAAUAGCGACACGUCCACUCCUCCUCUCUGUCCUCAAAGAACGUCUCGACAUCCUCGGUCAACCAGGCGAUGAAAACUCGGAAGCCUUUCUCGGUCAAACAGCUGCUGUUAUAUCAACGGGUAUCAAAUCAGCUGUCAAGACUCUUCAGAUUCUUACAAGCGAAUACAGCCUGCUCGAGGUCUUCCUCCCGUACGAUCUAGAAUUUACAUUCGGCGCAGCCCUCCACCUAAACAUGGCAGCAGCCCUCUUCCCUGGCGUAGCAGACGACCAAAACAGCCGUCUCCAAGUGCACCAACUCCUCGACAACAUGAUCGCCCGUGGCAACCGCCUAGCAAGCGUUCGAAAACAAGAGCUCGUAUACCUAGAAGCUCAAUGUCAAGAACUUGUGGCACAGGUGCAACAGCAGGGACUUCAAACACUUUCUUUAGCAGUGACGGAUGAGACGGACUCGGAGCUGGCGAGAAAGGCGGAUGAGGAGUUACUGGAGACGAUGCAGGGUGGGAGUGAUUUGGAGUUUUUGGAUAAUAUUGGCAUUUCGUCGGAGGAGUUUAUGAGUAUUGUACAGCAGAUUGGGGAUCCGGAUAUUAUGCCGGAGAAUAUGCUUACUUUGGAGUAG